UUGUGAGUUUCAUAUGAUUUUCUUACAGUGGCAGCUAACACUUUUUGGAGAGCGUGUGUCAGCAGGAUAUCAGCUGGUUAGGAAGGAGCUAAAUCAUGGUUGUGGGUGGUCCCUGGCAGGGGCAGCAACCUCAGUCAUUCUCGCUCUGAAGUUGAGGGGCAAAUGGGCUCAGGGCCACAAAUAGAACUUCAAUCCCUGGCCAGGAAGAGGGCGGGCAGGGAUGAGUGCUAGAAGGAUUAUGGCAUGGAAAUGGGCAGGGCAGGGAGAGAGUGGUACAGUGGGGUGACCCCAGAGUUGACUCUUGCUAUCCCCCAUCCAACCAGUCACCCUAGCCACUGGGCCCAGGGUAGGCAUGGGGUGGGGAGCAGCCACGUGUCUGAAAAGAAUGAAAUGAAAGAAAUCCUCUGUGCAUGGUUUAACCUCUGCGAAGACUGUCUCAUGACUGUAGCUACCAUCUUUUCAGAACAAGGAUCAGGUGUGGGGUUAAGCAAGCCCUCAUGGCGACAGAGGAACAGACUGGAAUCAGGUGGAUGCCAAGUGGAUGGCCAUGUAAGGGGCCAACAGAGUAGAUAAAAGAGCUGCCACCUCUGCAUUGUGACUCCCUCCAACUUGCCUCAUUAUGACCUGGCUCCCCUACCAGCUGGUAGGGGUGCCCAAGUAUUGGCAUGAGUGCAGUGUGGGCCAGGGCUGGGGGGGGGGGGCACGGCCCAGGUGGCCCUAGGGCCCCCCCACCAUGGAAGACCAGCUCUGGUAUGAUACCCUGGGGUGCUGCAAUCAAUACCAAGAAAGUCCCCAGGAUACUGAGGACUUCCUACUCCUGCUGCUGGGCCUCAUCAUUCUUGUCAACAUUGGGAUCAACAUGGCCACUGUGAUGUGGCAUAGGUUCCAGAAUGCCUUAGACAAGAUGAUCUGUUGGAUUAACCAGAAAAAUGACGCUUUCCAGGCUUGUCAAAACUCCCCCAGAGACCCAUGUCAGGCUCCAGCCAGGGACAUCCACAUCCACUGCACUCUGGACCCUGUUGAAGUGAAAAUGGCCCAGUCCACAUGCUACUCCUCUUCUUCCUACCGUCUCCGCAACUGCAACUCUCGCCGCCACCGCAACCACCGCCGCCGUCACCCCUUCAGCCACCAGCAGAGGCCAAAGAACCACAGACAAUUCCGCCAUGGCUGCCCUGUCUUCCGUGGCCUACGCGGCAGCCACAAGAUGUCACACCUGCGGCCAAUGCCUUCCUUGGAUCGGGAGGACCAGGACUCCUACCUGGAGGAUGAGGAUGGCCUGUCCUUUCCACAACCCAAGUACCCACAUGGGGGCUGGGGAGGACUCUAUCCGAGGCUGGGCCUGCCCUCCAACCUGGGGCUGUGGGGCCGCCAAGGUGGCAUUCUGGCCAGCCUGCCACCACCCUCUCUCUACAUGUCCCCCGAACUUCGCCGCAUGCCCAAGCGUGUGGAGGCCAAGUCCGAGCUGAGGAUGCAGUCGUAUGGGCCCCACUGCUCACAAUCCCACAUUUGGGGCAACGUGGAAGCUGAACACUGGACCCCAUCUCUACAACCUGCCCGACGGCUGCCCCCUAACCCCUCCUGGGUCCCUGGGGGGCACAGCCCACACCCCUCUCGGGGCCGCCUGCUGUAUGACUCCUGGGAGCAGCGGCGGCGUGGCACAGAGGGCUCUGAGCCCCCACCUGCCCUGAUGCCACGGAGUCCCACCCGACCGGAGGCCCAGGGCUACCGAGAUCGCUACUCCCCACAGUCCCACCGGCAGGGCCUCCCUAGCCAUGCUUACAGCCAGCCCAACCGCAGCCCCCACCCAUCCACAGCACACUUGAUUUAUAACUCACGGGAUCCCCACGAGGUUCGCCGCCGGGCAGCUGAAUGGGGUGAGGCUCUGCCCACUCGGCAUCUUCUGACCACCUCCACCUCCCUCACUGUGUUGGGAGAAGCCUCAUGCCAGCGUGGUUCAGCUCCUGGCCCAGCCUCACUUCACCACUCCUCACAGCCCCUGCCUGUGGUCCAGGCUGCUGAGCCCACCCCACCUCCAACCACCUUCAUCCCACUCAGCCGGAACCCAGGGGGCAAUGCCAACUACCAGGUGUACGACAGCCUGGAGCUGAAGCGGCAAGUGCAGGAGAACCGAGCGCGGGCCACCUCUUUGCCGCCACCUUCCACGUCAGUCUCAAGGCCUUCUCUGUACAGGAGCCGGGCUGGGAAACUUAGCUGACCAGCAGACAAGUGUGGAUGGCAGGGCAGAGCAUGCAGAGAGGA